AUGUUUCUGCACAGUCAAAAGCACUGGCAACACCAGGCUGAUUACGCGACUGUUGCUUGCCUUGAGGUCCAGCUCGAGCCUCACUGCCCAGUACCUCACCCACGCAGCUCCGAAGCUGUCCCUUUCUGCUCCAUCACAAACCCACGACGACACACCGGUAUCGACCCGACCCGGCCCCAUCACCAAUCCCUCUCACGCUUUGACGAUAGAAACGGCGAAUUGUAUCUUUGA